CUGUCCCUACCCCGCUCAUGCUCUGUCUCUAUGUCUCAAAAAUAAAUGUUAAAAAAAUUUUUUUUUAAAGAAAAAAGGCUUGAUUUUAGUUGAAAACAGGAGCAAGUGGAAGUUGCCUCUUUUUUUUUUUUUAAUCAGGUGGAUCCUUAAAACUGACGGCCAUUUUGAACCCGACUCUUACUAAAUCCUGUGUUCCAAACCCUGGAUCUUGGAUAGGUUACCGUCUCAGUGGCUGCUCUUUCUUGAUUGCUGCCUGGGACGAGUGGCCAAGGCCAGAUAUGCGAGUUUUGGCCAAUCUCUAAUUUUAUCAAGCUUUUCAAACGUUUGAAACCGGGAAAGAUACUUAAAACUUGUGCUGAUAGUAUUUUGGAUUGGGGCUUAUCCACAACCGAUUCUACUCUUUAGGAAUCAUCCAUUGGGAAGUACCCUCACAGACCCUAGAUCUUGGCUUCACAGUUCACAAAUGCGGUGAGGUGGUUUUGGCUUGUCUUUUAGCUGGUUGCCUCUUUUUGGUCCCGUAAUUGCUCUCUCCGCAGAGGCGGUGAAUGGAGAAUUCUCCCUAAGGUCAGCGUUUAAUUAACUGCCUCGCUCUGCUGCUAUAGUAUUCCAGGCAUCGAUCCUACUAUUAAAAUUGCCUGGAGGUUGCCAGCACGUCGGAUUUCGGUCUUGCAGGGAUUGCCCGGAGUCAUUGAGCUGAGAGGAGGGAGGCGCCUCGUGCAGUUUACUAUCUCGGUGGGCGGUGGCCCGAGGCGCGGGACCCAUCCGGUGACUAGAUUGGGCCUUGCCCCUGUCCAUCAUCGCGAGGCUCUCCGCGCCGACUGUUUUGCCCUGAGAUUUGGAAACUGAGCACCGCCUAUGGGAAAGGGGGAAGUGAGGGGCGGUGAGGGUAAACGUUGCGCGUGUUCCCCCAUCUAUUGGAUGGCUGCUGUGUCAGUCACACUCUGCCCACUCCCGUUGGCUGGAAGGCUCCAGGCAGGGAGCGUGGACGCGGCGCUGCCCCCUCCCGAGCUGCGAUCCGGGCGCGUGACGUCUCGGACAUUUGUUGUUGGGGUUCGGGCCUCAUUAAUUAUUCAUCAGGUACUUGAGAGGGCUUCAGUGAUUGGUGGCUCAGAGGCCUGGUCGAUUGUUUCUCAGCUAGAGAUACGUGUCACUCUUUACGCGGCUGGCGAAGUUUCGCAUAAAUUAUCCAAUGAGGGGCAGGGCGGGGCAGCGCAUAGAUUAGGCAAAUGCGCCGAGGAGGGAGGGGAGGCCGGCUACGAAUUAGCCUAAGUUAUUAAAGAUGGCGGCGGAGUGGAGUCGCUCCCCGAUGGACUCGCCGGUCCCGGCCUCUAUGUUCGCCCCCGAGCCCAGUUCGCCGGGGGCGGCCAGGGCCGCGGCGGCUGCCGCCCGGCUCCACGGCGGCUUCGACUCGGACUGCAGCGAGGACGGCGAGGCGCUCAACGGCGAGCCGGAGCUGGACCUCACCAGCAAGCUGGUUCUAGUGAGCCCUACAUCAGAGCAGUAUGACAGCCUACUUCGGCAGAUGUGGGAGAGGAUGGACGAGGGAUGCGGAGAGACCAUAUAUGUCAUUGGGCAGGGAUCAGAUGGGACUGAGUACGGACUGAGUGAAGCUGACAUGGAGGCCUCCUACGCCACAGUGAAGAGUAUGGCGGAACAGAUAGAGGCUGAUGUCAUCCUCCUGCGGGAACGCCAAGAAGCGGGGGGCCGUGUGCGUGAUUACCUGGUCCGGAAACGAGUAGGAGACAAUGACUUCCUGGAGGUCAGGGUAGCAGUGGUAGGCAACGUGGAUGCCGGCAAAAGCACGCUUUUGGGGGUCCUGACCCACGGGGAGCUGGACAACGGCCGAGGCUUUGCCCGCCAGAAACUCUUCCGCCACAAACAUGAGAUUGAAUCUGGUCGCACCAGCAGCGUGGGCAACGACAUCCUGGGCUUUGACAGUGAAGGCAAUGUGGUAAAUAAGCCAGACAGCCAUGGUGGCAGCCUGGAAUGGACAAAGAUUUGUGAGAAAUCCACCAAGGUCAUUACCUUCAUCGACUUGGCUGGCCAUGAGAAGUACCUGAAGACCACUGUCUUUGGCAUGACAGGUCAUUUGCCGGACUUCUGCAUGCUCAUGGUGGGGAGCAAUGCUGGCAUCGUGGGGAUGACCAAGGAACAUCUGGGCCUCGCAUUGGCACUCAAUGUGCCUGUCUUUGUGGUGGUCACCAAGAUUGACAUGUGUCCUGCCAACAUCCUACAAGAAACCCUGAAGCUGUUACAGCGCCUGCUGAAGUCGCCAGGCUGCCGGAAGAUCCCUGUGUUGGUACAGAGCAAGGAUGAUGUGAUUGUCACGGCCUCCAACUUCAGCUCUGAGAGGAUGUGCCCGAUAUUCCAGAUCUCCAACGUCACAGGUGAGAACCUAGAUCUGCUGAAGAUGUUCCUCAACCUCCUCUCCCCCCGCACCAGCUACCGAGAGGAAGAGCCCGCUGAGUUUCAGAUUGACGACACUUACUCUGUCCCAGGUGUGGGGACAGUGGUGUCGGGGACAACACUGAGAGGCCUGAUCAAGCUGAAUGACACCCUGCUGCUGGGCCCAGAUCCCCUGGGUAACUUCCUGUCCAUUGCUGUCAAAUCAAUCCACCGCAAGCGCAUGCCUGUCAAGGAGGUGCGGGGGGGCCAGACGGCCUCCUUUGCGCUGAAGAAGAUCAAGCGCUCGUCCAUCCGCAAGGGCAUGGUGAUGGUUUCCCCACGCUUGAAUCCCCAAGCAUCCUGGGAGUUUGAGGCCGAGAUCCUUGUCCUCCACCACCCCACCACGAUCAGUCCACGCUACCAGGCCAUGGUUCACUGCGGGAGCAUCCGGCAGACGGCCACCAUUCUGAGCAUGGACAAGGACUGUCUGCGCACCGGGGACAAGGCCACCGUGCACUUCCGCUUCAUCAAGACCCCUGAGUACCUGCACAUAGACCAGCGGCUGGUGUUUCGGGAAGGCCGCACCAAGGCCGUGGGCACCAUCACCAAGCUCCUCCAGACCACCAACAACUCCCCGAUGAAUUCGAAGCCCCAGCAGAUUAAAAUGCAGUCAACAAAAAAGGGCCCCCUGGCCAAGCGAGAAGAGGGAGGCCCGUCUGGAGGGCCAGCAGUAGGGGCACCCCCGCCUGGAGAUGAAGCUUGCUCUCUAGGGACGGUGCAGCCGGCUUUGUCCAGCGGUCUCCAGGCACAGAUGGCAACUGAUUUGGGACAAUUUGGAGUCCUAUUUAAGCCCAAACUGCUCUCCCAGUGCCUGUACCCCAAACAGCAGAGACAGGGGACAAGGCAGUCUACCAGCUAGGACACCGCCUACGGAAGCUAUAAGGGCAGAGAAAUCAACUGCAAAUAGAGGCAAGGUGAGGACCCGUGACCCCAAGCCACUCACCUGGAAGUCUCUGGACUCCCGCACGUCAUGCUGCCUGCUGCCGCCCUUCGCUGCCCACCAGGAAACCAUCGCAGGGUGGAAGGUCUGCAGCCCAUAGGGGUAGAAAUACCAGGCACCUGUACACAGAAGAGAGGGGGUUAGCCAGGCCCGUGGCCAUAAGCCAGAAGGCACACGCUGCUGAAGACGGCGGCCUAAUCAACAUGGGUUGUUAGCAGCCUGUCCCAUUCUGCGAGCUGGGCUGCUGCUGAAGGCGGUACGAAGGAUGGAGGUUCCCAUCAUUCUCUGAGGCAGCAACUUCCACCUGACGGUCCCAGAGUAUAUGCUUUCUCACACUCCUCAGGAAUCCCCAUCUUUCUGUAAAUGGCAGAACUCAGAGAACAUAGCUCUAAUAAAGCUAGGGAUGAUCCAGAGGUAGAACCAGAGGACCUGAUGGUGGCUCUCAGCCAAGACUGUCCGGCAAGAUCACCCAGGAAGCUCUUUGGGCGCCUGAGUGGCUCAGUCACUUAAGCGUCUGACUUCGGCUCAGGUCAUGAUCUCGUGGUUCAUAGGUUUGAGCCCCGCAUCAGGCUCUGUGCUGACAGCUCGGAGCCUGGAGCCUGCUUCAGAUUCUGUGUCCCCCUCUCUCUCUCUGCCCUCCCCCUCUCGUGCUCUGUCUAGGGUCUCACUCUCUCUCUCUCAAAAAUAAACAUUAAAAAAAAAAAAAAAGAUCACCCAGGAAGCUUAAAAAUACCCAAUAUCUGGCCCCACUCUCUAGGAAAUGAAUUCACUGGUCUGGAGUAUCCCUCUAUAGGUGAGUCUUAAAAGCUCCCCAGAUAACUCUAAUGAGGUGCCAUGGUUGAGAAUCCCUGAAACAGGAGACCCCUGCUAAAAGAAGGUGCUUUUGACCCAAGACAACACAAGGCUGCAGCCACAAAGACGCCUGCAUCUUGCUUCAGGGGCCAUCUGCUUGUGAUGUGUUUACUCCUGAGCUUACGCGUGUGGGGUGGGGGUUGAGGGCACCUGGCGAGCCGUAUCAGCCAGUGGGUCUCCAUCCCAGGGAGACCACACUUGCCACUCAAUCAUUGGCCGUGAGCAGGUACAACCGGAAGCACACGCCCACCAGGCUUUCCAUCAGACCCUCGGGACACACCUCCCUGAAUGCACUCCCUGAGCAGCCCACUCUGCCGGCCUUUCAGGCCCUCCACACACAUCGGCCCCAUCAACCCUAUGAGGCCACGGUGAAGCUCAAGUUAACAGAGUAACUCCUGAACAAAGCACUGUAUGAUCGUAAAGGGUCAUUAUUACUUCAAGGGCGAUGCCCAGUUUCCACUGGACGUGAACAAGCUGUUCUUGUAACAGCAAACAAAAAGGAAGUCCACACUUGGAAAAAUUUUCUACCUGGCUGUUAAAUAAAAUAAAUACUAGUUGAGUAGAUGCUAAGCCUAUAAAACCAGCUCUAAAAACAG